AUGGCUCAGCUCAUGGGAACCCCAGGCUCUGAGGCGGAGGGGGGCUAUGCAAAGAUGAUAGCGGUGCUCUCAUCUUUGCUUUCUAUGAGCAACUCAAAACCUGGUGAUCACAUCUAUGCAUGGAGGAACAUUCAGAUCUACGCUCAUCAUGGAAUAUAUAUGGGCGAUAACAAGGUCAUUCACUUCAAUGCGGCAACUGGCCAAAAGAUAGAAUCUGGAGGCUGCUAUAGACACUGCGAUAAAUGUGGAGCUGGGAAAAACAAGACAACCAAUGGACUCAUUCUUUCAUGCUUAGAUUGUUUUCUUGAUGGAGACCAACUUUACAUAUAUGAAUACUCUGUCUCAUGGAUCCCGUUUGUCUUCGGGGUUGGAGGCAAGACAUGUAGCAUGGCUAAAUCAGACCCACUAGAGGUAGUUCUUAGGCGUGCCAAUGAAUGCCUCAAUAACGGCUUCAGACAGUAUAAUUUUAUCCUAAACAAUUGUGAGUCCUUUGCUUUCUAUUGUAAGACGGGACGAGCAGAGGCCCCAUGCUGCAGUGGGCAGACAAUCAACCUUAUUAGUAAUAUUGCUAAUGGAGCAACACAAAGCUUCAUUCCUGGUACUGUGAUAGGCCUUGUGGGUGAAGUAAUGACAAUUGCAUAAAAUGACAAGAAGCUGGAGUAGGUGACAAUAACUCUCUAUCCCACGUUUAUGCCUUGUAAUAUCUACUUUAAAUAGCAUAGCAUGUAAGAAUAAGUUGGAGGGACUGAGUGAAUGCCAGUGUUAAUAAAUAUUUUCUAUUUAAGCUUCA